AGGCAAAGAUCUUUAUAUAUAGACCUGACCUCUGAAAGUUUUGCAGAGAGCAACUUUUGCUGAGUCCAAAACUACUGAAACAUCUGCAUACCUUUGAGUAUCAUCACUUUCCUCACAAUCUUUGAUUUUUUCAAACCCCAAGUUUUCUCUCUCAUCAUCAAAUGGCAGCUUUUUCAUCCCAAUACUACCAUUCCUUUGUGGUUGACUCCGCAUGCUUCUCAAUUACUCCUCCCAUUAUAAACACUUCUAGUAACUUUCUUCCUUCUCCUCAUUAUCUUCACAAUAAUAAUAUUCAGGAAACGUCUUAUAGUGUCACUGAUAAUAAGGAAACAAGCUGUUUUGAACAAAGCUCCAAGGUUACCAUCAGUGACAUUGAACUUUCUGUGGUAAAAAACCAUAGUCCUGAGACUUCCAUGGUAGUGGACAAGCUUGAAAAAGGUGAACAGGUCACUCAGAAGGUGGUGACCCGCAUGGAGAAGAAGAGAAGAGCAAGAAAUGGAUCUUCCUCGAGUGACCCUUUAUCAAAGGAGUCAACAGAAGGGGGAAAGAAGAAACAAAAGAAGCCAAAAGAAGUGACGAAGGACAAGAAAAUAGGUGCUGAAGAUCCUCCAACUGGGUAUAUCCACGUUAGAGCAAGAAGGGGUCAAGCAACCGAUAGCCACAGCCUUGCUGAAAGGGUGAGAAGAGAGAAAAUAAGUAAAAGGAUGACGACGUUGCAGCGACUUGUGCCAGGCUGUGAUAAGGUAACCGGAAAGGCCCUUGUGUUGGACGAAAUAAUCAAUUAUGUUCAGUCCUUACAGAAUCAAGUGGAGUUCUUGUCAAUGAAACUUGCAUCCGUGAAUCCCAUGUUCUUUGACUCGGCCAUGGACUUAGACACCCUCAUGGUUAGACCCGAUCAGAAAUUGAGUAAUAUAGCAUCACCAUCACCACUACCAUGUGUAGCACAAUUCAGACCCCACCAGGCCAUUGCUUUUGCUGACACAAUUACCACCCCGACCACCACUACCAAUAGCUUCCCCACAGCUAAUAAUGAUGGCUAUCUUUUGGAUUAUUCAUCCUCACUUUUUCUUCAAGGCCAUAGACCAAAUAUCUUUGAGGAUAACGGUGGUCAGUUUUGGGACGUAGAAGACCAACGACAAAAGUUUCUUCAUCCAUAUAGAUUCGGCAAUAAUUCGGGUUCUUUCAAUUGAUUAAUAUCAUAUUCAAAUAGCCUUUCAAGUCUACAAACAUAGUAUGCUGAACUAUUGUUUUUAGUUAGGUUGGGAAAUUCCAAACAAGUACCAGUAUCUCAGUUGGAAAAAAAAUCUUACAUGCAUGAGCACCAAAUACCAAAGCUACGAUUGGUAUCACAGUAUCAUCAUUUUGAGGGAAAUUCGUGGUUUGGUUUGGUUCCCUGUCCCCCAAAUUGAAGAGGCCUUUGAACACGAUGAAUAAAGUGCAGUAAAAUUGAUGGAUGAAGAACACAACACAAAGUGCCGACCAAAUAAGACCAUAUCUUUUGCUAGAUCCGUUGUUCCGUUCCUGUCCAAGUCAUACAUAUAGAUGAUGCACAAAUUCCAAGAGACUGUGUCAAUCCUACAGACUUGAAAAUUAUGUCAUGUAAUUAUUAAUUAAAUUAUAAAAUUAUAUGUUAAAGAAAAAUGAUUCUUGUGGUGGCAGUUAUUCUGUUGAUACAGUUAAUUUCACCGUUAUUGAGAAAUGAAAGGCUGAUGCUACUCAUCAGCUAUUGACAAGACAA